CAUUCUCUUUUGUUGCAAUUCCUUAUUAUCGUUACUGGACACAAUUGCCUGACCGUAGGUAUCAUUAGAUAAAGAUGCUUUCAGCUUAUCUCGAACGCGUUUAAUCUCACCGCCUACGCAUUGUGUUAUCAACCCAAUAAAUUUUGCGACUGAUUGAGACGAUUUAUGAAAAUUAAGUCAGAACCGCAAUCAAUGAAUAGUCUUGAUUGAGGUAUUCACCACCAUGGUCGCAAUAAUGAUAUGGUCAAUAGCCUUGCUAUUGGCAAUUUCCUGUGGGUCUUUUGCUGGAAAAAAUGUGGUUUGUUACUACGCUUCCUGGGCAACGUACCGUCCCGGCCGGGGUCAAUUCGAGGUGGACAACAUCGAUCCGCAUUUGUGUACACACCUGGCGUACGCUUUCUUCGGGUUGGAAGCAGAUGGAUCAGUUGUAGUGUUGGAUCCUUGGUUGGAUUUGGACUCGGGUCGUGGCAACAUUCGGCGUUUCAAUGAGCUGAAGAACGUCAAUCCGAAUUUGAAAACACUGGCCGCCAUCGGAGGGUACAAUCAGGAGUCGGAAGUGUUUUCUAGGGUGGCUGCGGAUCCUGGUUUGAGGCGAGCUUUUGCUGAAAAUGCUCGAGAGUUUUGUCUUUUACAUGGGUUCGACGGAUUGGAUGUAGGGUGGGAGUUUCCCGGACAGCGCGGAGGAGAUCCCGAUGCCGACAAAGGGAACUUUGUGCUGAUGUUGGCAGAUAUGAAACAAGUGUUUGCAGCAAGUGGAUUGUUAUUGACAGGGGCAUUGGCAGCCGCUCAAAACAUAGCGGAAAUAUCUUAUGAUAUCGCGGCGGUUUCACAACACUUGGAUUUUAUUAAUCUGAUGGCGUAUGAUUUCAACGGUGGCUGGAAUCCGUUUACUGGACAUAAUUCACCGCUGUUCGCCGGACCAGCAGAUGGUACAGAUUUUCAGAGGACACUAAAUGUUCAUCACAGUGUGCAAUACUGGCUCCAGCAAGGUGCACCAGCAUCCAAGAUUAAUCUUGGAAUUCCGUUCUAUGGAAGAACAUUUACCUUGGAGAACGCGGCAAAUUAUGGACUUAGAGCUGGUGCGGUCGGACCUGGAUCUCCGGGUUUGUACACACAAGAGGCAGGGGCUCUAGCUUAUUAUGAGGUUUGUGCAAUGACCUUGAGUGCAAAUUGGGUUCGACAUUGGGAUCAUGAUCAAAGAAUUCCCUUUGGCGUCAUUGAGAAUCAAUGGGUUGGCUAUGAUGAUGCAGAAACGACAAAUCACAAGUGCAACUACAUCCACGAACAAAAUUUGGCAGGCGGAAUGGUUUGGUCAAUCGAGAAGGACGAUUUCCACGGAUACUGUGGGCCAAAGUUUACCCUAUUGACAACUCUUCGUUCGUGCCUUAGCUGAUGCUGUUUUCUGCUGGUAAAAUCGUUUUAUCCUUGUACCGCCGAGUAUUAAAAACCCAUUAUGCAAGCAACACA